AUGCAAUCUUCUAUCAGUGAUUCAGCCGCUCAUCAGCUUGGGGACCUGGAUUGGGCCGGAAUUAAGAGUGAAGAGAAACUGAACAACUUGCCAGUCCACCUUACGCAGCUCCUCAAAGCCCACCAUCCCAACACCACACCCAGGGCUGGAAAAUCCCCUGCUUUCCUACCCUCAAUCCACUGUAUUUAUCAUCUCCCACAUCCCCCACACUGCAGCUUGCUAGGAUUGCAAAUCUUGCCCACAACACCCCAUCCAACUAGAGCUGACCUGAGAUCUGCUCAGAUGGACCGCGGGCUAGCUGAAACCCUUGAGAGGCUCGCUGUGCCAUUUAAGCCAAUAGACUUCGAAGCGUACCCGAUCGUCAGCCCGGCUACAGUUCAACGACUUCGGGAUUCCCUGCGACGGUGCGAACUCCUAAGAGAUCACAUCCUCCAGCAAUCUCAAGACACUCCAUCCCGAUCUCGGUCGUCCUGCAACUGCAAAUCCAGCAGUGACUGGUGCACUCCGGGAGCAGCAACAGAACAGCAGUCCUCGCUUGGCCCGGUGCGUGGGGCCCCUCUGCAGAGACCGGUCGGGUAUCCGACACCCUCCCACUCACCCGAGCUGCCGGGGCCCCAUGAGCCGACGUCGGAGUCGCCGGUACCCCCGCCGAACCACACCCCGGCAACGCGUUUGCCGACACCGAGUGAGCACACCCCCAACCCGUCCCGGCGCGCGCCUCGCCCUGCCUCUCUCAACAGCCGGUCCCGGGUCGAUCAGCACUCCUCAGCACACCAGGAGGAGCCCCAACAUGCGAGGCCCCUAUCCCCGCCAUACCAGGCUCUGGCCACACGCUUGCCCACACCGAGCGAUCCCACCACCACCGACGCCCGCAACGCGCCUCGCCCGACCGAUCUCAAGAGCCGGUGCACUCAAGCCAACCAACUCUUUGCAGCAUCCCCGCAGCCGAGUUCUGAAUGCCCGGUACCCCCGCCAAACUUCACCGCGGUCCAACGUUUGCCAACACCGAAUGACCCGUCAACGAACGCCGCCCGCCACCCGCCUCGCCCGACGGCUCAGGAGAGCCGGCCCUCUCAGGACGACCAGCUCUUCUUAUCACAAGUCGACCACCUUUUCUCUACAUCCCAGGAGCCGAAUUCCAACAGGCCGGUACCCCCGCCAACCUUGACCGAUGUCCAACGUUUGCCAACACCAAGUGACCCGUCCACGAACCCCACUGCGAACGUACCUCGCCCCGCAGCUCUCGAGCGCCGGUGCCAACCGAUCCUAGCAAUCCAGGAGCCGAAUCUUGAAAGGUCGGUACCCCCGCCAAACUUGACCAAUGUCAAACGUCUGCCAACACCUAGUGAGCCCGCAAGGAACCCCGCUCAGAACGUGCCCCGUCGCAGCUCUCUGAAGAGCCGGGCUCAAGUCGACCAACACUCCUCAGUGCGCCAGGAGCCCAAACCUGCAAGGCCGGUCCGCCCGCCAAACUUGGCCGCGGCCGCACGUGUGUCGACAUCGACAGACCCCACACCAAAUGCCGCCUGUAACGCGUACUGGCCGACGGCUCUUAUGAGCCCAUGCUCGCCGGUCGACCAACUCUUCUUGCCACCCCAGGAUACGAAGUCUGAAAAGCCGGCGCCACCCCCGCCAAACUCGACUGCGGCCAAACGUUUGCCUGCGCCAAGUGAGCCCGCAACGAACGCUACUCGGCACGCGCCCCAACAGACCUCUCUGAAGAACCGGUCUCAACUCAACCAAUGCUCCUCAGCACCCCAGCAACCCAAACCUGCCAAACCGCCUCCACCGACAGCCUUGACUGCAGCCACACGUUUGCCGACAUCGAGAGACCCCAGACUGAAUGUCGCCCGUAACGCGGUGGGCCCGACGGCUCUCAAGAGCCCAUGCUCGCCGGUCGACCAACUCUUCCUGCCACCCCAGGAGCCGAAUUCUGAAAAGCCGGCGGCACCCCCGCCAAACUCGACUGCGGCCAAACGUUUGCCUACACCAAGCGAGCCCGCAACCAACCCCACCCGACACGCGCCCCGCCAGACCUCUCUCAAGAGCCGGUCUCAUGUCGACCAACAACAGGAGCCCAAACCUGCAAGGCCCCCGUCACCGCCAACCUUGACUGCGGUCACACAUUUGCCGACACCGAGAGACCCCAGAACGAAGAAUGUUGCCCGUAACGUGUUGGGCCCCACGGCUCUCAAGAGCCAAUCGCCAGUCGAUCAAUCAACAUCUGAGUGGCCGUUGCCGCCAAAUUUGAUCGUGCCCGAAAGGCUGCCGACACCGAGCGACCCCGCAACGGACGCCGCCCCGAACGUGCCUUCCCCGACGUCUCUCAAGAGGCGGUGUUCAGAGGUCGACCAGCGCUCCUCGACACCCCCCAAAAGGCUCAACCUUAACCCUGAUCCUUCACUCCAGCCACGCCAAAGCCAGCCGAUUGAUUUCUCCAGGCUGCCAGUCUUGGAGCGCUGUCUGCUCACGGCGAUCCAGAAAUUUGUGAAGAGCUGGACGGCCCAGCAGUUGGUGACAUGCCUGCACCGGAUUAUCUUGUAUCGCAGGCGUGUCUUGGGAUGGGACGCCAAUGACUCUCACCGGCCGAUCCCACUUGAGGACCUUCACUCCGCUCUCAAAGCCACCGAUUCCCAGAUGAUUAGCCACCUUAUCUUCUCCCAUCGCAAGCAGAGACCCGAGCACUCCACCUUCAGGGAUGUCUUCUCUGGCUACUCGGUCCAGUACACUAUCCAUCUCUCCGGCGAAGGCCCACAGACGACUGUUGAACUCAGGAAAGACUUCACCGCAUUGGGGCUUAUGUUUUUUCCGAUCAUCAAAACGAUGCGCGCUUUUUGGGCUGCUCAUCACAGGAAGGCGCAGUGGGGCGAGUUCCGAGAGAUGUUUAACAGUCGGGCGGAGAUCAUGCCGUUCGUCAUACCUUCGGCACUAAUUAAAGAUGCGACAAGCCUGCAGAAGUACAUCCAAAUAGCGGCCAACGACAACAUCCUUGUGUACACCGAGGCCGAUUCCGUCGUCGCCCAUGCCAAGACCAACGCCAAGGCUGUAGAUACCCUCGUCCACCUCAGCCUCCAUCCCGAUUGGUGGACGGGUGCGAGUCUGGCCUAUCAACCCCCAGAGCCUGCUCAACCAUCCAAACAAAAUUACCACCCAUUCCCAGCCAGUAAAGCCGAGCAUAAGAUAUGCUUCAACUGCCAAGAGAAGGGCCACAUCAUCAGAGACUGUCCCACGCUAUUUGAAGAACCUGAACCUAUAGCAGGAUAA